AUGGACAACAGUGACUUUGAUGAACACACAUAUCAUAUUUUGUCACCUUCGUUCUUCCAACGAUGGAGCCAAUGUAAUAAUGAGAAGUCACCUGACAUUUUGGAUGAAAUUCGCCAAGCACACAUCAUCCAGUUGCUUUAUGUUGAAAUGGUAAACGCAUUACAAACAAUUCUGGACGCGCUUAAAGCAAAGGGCCUUUGUAAUGAGAUAUUAGGGAAAUCAGGUCUCUCCGGAGGCUGUAUUAACGAUUCACUUAAGAUAUCAACUGAUGCUGGGCCACUAUUUGUCAAGACAAAUGCGUCGAGUAAUGCUACAACAAUGUUCGAAGGUGAAGCGGUUGCACUGAAUACCAUUAAUGAAGCAGUACCUGACUUUUCUCCAAAGGCUUUAUGUUCGGGUUCUUUACCGACUGGAGGCGGUUUUCUCGUGCUGUCAUUUAUCCAAUUUACGGGUUCGAAUUCAAAACACCAAAUAGCGUUUGCCAAGAAACUAGCCCAACUUCAUUCGACAACAUCUCCAAACGGGAAAUUUGGGUUUCCCGUAACGACAAUGUGCGGUUCUACUGAACAGGAGAAUACCUGGGAGGAUGAAUGGGUUACAUUUUACAAGGAGAGGCGACUAAGACCAAUGCUAAAGAAAUGUCAGCGAAAUAAUCCUAGCGAUUCCGAAUUGGUGCGAUUAGGCAACAUUGUGGUGGACAGAGUUGUUCCGAUGUUGAUGAAAGACAUCAUAAUAAAACCAGUACUUAUUCAUGGAGAUCUGUGGAGUGGUAAUUGGAGUGUUAAUGCAGAUACCGGUGAACCUGUCAUAUAUGAUCCCGCGUCUUGUUACGGGCAUAGUGAGUUCGAAUUGUCAAUUAUGACCAUGUUUGGAAGUCCAUCAAAGGAUUUCUUCAAAGAAUACCAUAAUCAUCAUCCACCACAAGAACCAUAUUUCAAGGAACGUCAAGAAUUGUAUAAAUUGUAUCAUUAUUUGAACCACUAUUUUAUAUUUGGUAGCGGAUAUCGUGGAAGCUGCGUAUCGAUUAUGAGAAGAUUGUGUGCUCUUGCAGAGAAUGAAGGAAAUUGA